CGUAUUAUGUAAGCCGGCUGAAUUGACUUCAGGUCAUUUUCUUGCCAAUACUCCCCCGAUUAUUUGUUGCCAAUCCUCCUCCGAUUAUCUAUUGCCAAUCCUCCUCCAUCGUUUCUUCCCGAUACUCCUCUCGUAUCGUGUACGGCUAACGAGAGGUGCUGAGUGAUGAGCCCUCCCACGACACUCGCGACAUUCCAACGACUAUAAAGAGGAGGCCGAGAAAAUGUCGACCGGCAUCGGGUCUUUCGUCGCAGGAGGAGCAGCAGCUGUAGGCGCAGUAUUCAUAACUCAUAGUGCGGAGACAACAAAAAUUCGUUUGCAACUGCAGGGGGAGCUGCAAGCAAAGAAUGAGGCGCGAGUUGUAUAUCGAGGGGUUUUCCACGGCAUGCGGGUGAUCCUCCAGAACGAUGGCAUUCGCGGACUGUAUCGCGGCAUCGGCGCCGGCUGCAUAUAUCAAAUCGCCCUCAACGGUGCGCGGCUUUCGCUAUACGAGCCUUUGAGGAAACAAGUCAACUCCCUCAUCCUUACGCGAUCGUUCUCCGGCGCGCACGACACAAGCAUCACCAACCGCCAACUCCCGGCCGCGAACGUAAUCGCCGGCGCUUCCAGUGGUGUAAUUGGCGCCGCGGCUGGUUCUCCGUUUUUCCUGGUCAAGACGCGGCUACAAUCAUUUUCUCCAUCCCUUCCCGUGGGAACACAGCAUCAAUAUCGUAAUGCUUGGGACGGGCUAACGCAGAUCUACCGCAAGGAGGGCGUUGUGGGUCUGUACCGCGGCAUCGGUCCUGCAAUGGUACGCACGGCGUGCGGCAGCUCUGUCCAGCUACCCACCUAUUUCCUUGCGAAACGCACAAUCCAAAAACACGGAGGACUGGCCGACGGCACUCCGCUUCAUUUGCUCUCCUCGACCUGCAGCGGAUUUGUUGUUUGCAUAGCCAUGAACCCGAUGGACGUGAUUAUGUCGAGGAUGUAUAACCAGGAAGGAAAUUUGCUAUACAAAAAUGGCGUGGACUGCAUCAUGAAGACCAUCAAGACCGAGGGCAUCACCGCGCUGUACAAAGGCUUCGGCGCCCACCUCGCUCGAAUUCUGCCACACACAAUCCUCACCCUCACAUUUGCCGAGCAGACGAACAAGUUAAUGCGAAGGCUGGAAGACAGGAUACUCCCGGAGCGUAUCAAGGAACAGAUUUAGAGGAGAACCUUUUUGCAUUCCAGCGUGGAGUUUCCAGACGGGGAAGGUCAUAUGGGGAAUGCUCCAUCCGCCGCAUGCUGUACAUAGCCGAAUGCCAGACUCCAUCAGCCCCGGGCUUCAUGGAGCUACAUGUACCUUUACCUCCCAAUGCAUAACGUUGCGAUGCUUCGGCAUCGGAGGUCAACAAAACAACCCGCGCCCGGUCUGGACGGCGCCUUGGCAUGGCCCGGAACCCCGUUUUGCAAACCAGAUACAUCGGACUCGUUGAAUCUUUGUUUCUUCACCUACCCUUCUAUCACACAUAAAUUCACUUCCAUCCUGCGGUAUCUUCGCAAUGUCUUCUUAUAUGGCCACUCUUCCCCGG